AUGGUUGCUGCAUUCAGGUUAGAGGAGAACGAAUGGAUUUGGUUAACGUACGAAAAGAUGGUACAAUGGGCGAAUGCGUAUUUGUGCGAUAAGUUUUGUGCUGGAUUGAGAACGACGUCAAGAUACGAGGACAUUAAUACAUCUCUUAAAAGGUUUAUCAAGUCCUCGAAUUGCUUGUUGGAGUUGGUGGAGAAUCUUGAGCGUGUGGCUAAGGACUACAGGAACAAUGAGUUUAUUACGAACUACAAAUCUCUAUAUUCGAAACCGGUCAUGACUACAGGGCUGGAAUCAAUUGAACGGGCCAUAUCUCAAAUCUAUACCAAAGAGAUAUUCUUCGAGGUCAAGAAAGAGAUUGAAUGUGUGGUUGCGUUGAUAAUUCUUCAUAGGAAAAGUUAUGGUAGUACGGAAAAGUUCAUGUUUAGAAAGUUUCGUAAGCCUCAUCGAGUUUACUCUGUACUAUAUGAAAGCAACUCUGAGAGGUAUGAGUGUUCGUGCAAGCUUUGGAACAACAUAGGAAUUCCAUGCAGCCAUAUCAUCUGUGUUUUGAAAGAGUUGGAGAAGGAUGUAUUGCCGAUGGGGUUGGUGCUGAAAAAGUGUUGCAAAGAUGCUAAGUUUGGAUCAUUCCAUGACUCCGAUGGAGGUUUGGAUCGUAAUAAAGCAUUUUCGGGGACGGUAUGGUUCGUUGUGGAUUGCUUGCUUCCCUAUGAGUUUGUUAGCAGCCCAACAGCCUGCCACGCAUGA